UGCAGGCUUUUUCAGGUCAGCAUCAGCUUUUAUGAACAUAUUGCUCGCAACAAUGAAGAUCAUUUCCGACUUCUAUCCAGGCCGGAUUCACAGGGCCUUUGUCAUUGACCCUCCUUCUCUCUUCUCUUAUCUCUGGAAGGGUGUUAAGCCAUUUGUUGAGCUAUCACCAUUGACCAUGGUGGUAUCUUCACUUGACUUCGAAGACUCACUAGACUUCAACGACUUCACAUCUUAUCCACAACGAGCCUCAUCCCUUCGAUUCGAUCCGUCGUCAGUUCAAUCAACGGCCAAGAUUGGCUCAUGCUCUUCGUCAAGAUUUUCCUUCACCGUCUCACACCACUUUGACUCUCUCAAGCCUUGGCACCUCACAUUAACUGAUUCCUCCUCAGCAUCUAAAGUAGGCCCCACCAUUCCCUCUUCGACCCUCCUGGGUCCAGCUCUGAUCUCACCCGUCAAUGCCCGGUCCCUCUCGUUUGCAUCACCGGUCGCUAGGACUCCACGUGGCAACAUCAGCACCGUCAGAAAAGGAUUCUUCCCAUCCACACCAUUGCCACAGAAGACUCAAAAAUUGGACACCUCAAGCAUCAACUUUCCAAGGACUCCAAGACCUUCAUUCCUUCAAUCACCAGCCUUGUUCUUCAGGAAGGAGUGCCACGUCAGCAGGGCUGACAAGUGUCGAGAAUCGUUUGUCCCAUUUUUGAAGUUCUACCGUAGGCCGUACGAUGAGAUGACUUAUAGGUCAAAGAUGAGACCCCCACUAGGUGGCCUCAUCUCCAUCGUCUCUCCCCAUCUCAAGAGUCGCCACAUGUCAAUCUCCCAACGGUUUUGAUCGUG